AGUAUUAUUACUCAAUGGUUGUUAUGCACUAUGCAGUGUAAAUUGUAAACUGUGAAGUUAGUGUGUAGUGUGUACCGAUUGGCGAUUGGGUACUUGUUAGUCGUUACACUGUUAUAGUUACGAUUUCUUUUUUUUUUUUUAUCGUUGCCGCAGUAUUAUCUGCCACCGUCGCUAUACAAAUACAACGCAAUCUGGCAGGUUCAUUAAUCAUUUGACAUUUAGUAUUCACUAUUCGUUUCGUUUGUAAUCAUGUCUGCGGUGUUCGCAUGACAACGGUGUAUAAUAUUGUGAAUCGGUGUCGGUGCUUCCGUACGUACGAGUGUGUGCCUUGAAUACCUAUUUUCGUUUAUGCGAAUCGACUUAUCAUGCUGGGCUGGCUGAGGAAAGAUGAUAACAAAAAGAUCGAAACGUACGAGUCCGUCUUGGACGGGCUACGAGAGAAGUAUAAGUCCAAAUUGUUGCCCCUGGAACUGGCGUAUCAGUUUCACGAUUUCCAUUCUCCGCAGCUGGAUGAUCCCGACUUUGACGCCAAACCAAUGAUAUUGCUAGUUGGUCAGUACUCUACGGGAAAGACUACGUUCAUCAAACACCUUCUAGAAUCCGAUUUUCCGGGUAUCCGUAUUGGGCCCGAACCCACUACAGACCGUUUUAUAGCUGUCAUGUACGAUGAAAAUGAAUCAAUUAUUCCUGGCAACGCGUUGGUAGUAGAUCCUAAACGACAAUUUAGACCUCUGUCAAAAUUCGGCAAUGCAUUCCUCAAUCGGUUUCAGUGUUCUUUAGUAAAUUCGCCUGUUCUAAAAGGUAUCUCAAUAGUUGAUACACCUGGUAUUUUAUCAGGAGAAAAACAGAGAGUAGACAGAGGGUAUGACUUUACCGGUGUAUUAGAAUGGUUUGCUGAGCACGUGGAUAGAAUAAUUUUGCUGUUUGAUGCUCACAAAUUGGACAUAUCGGAUGAAUUCCGUAGAUCAAUAGAAGCAUUACGAGGCCACGAUGAUAAAAUUAGAAUUAUUUUAAAUAAAGCUGAUAUGAUUGAUCACCAACAACUGAUGCGUGUUUAUGGAGCACUUAUGUGGUCCUUAGGAAAAGUUCUGCAAACUCCUGAAGUAGCCAGGGUUUAUAUUGGAUCAUUUUGGGACCAACCUUUACGAUAUGAUGGCAACAGAAGAUUAUUUGAAGAUGAAGAACAAGACUUGUUCAAGGACUUGCAAUCUUUGCCGGGAAACGCGGCAUUAAGGAAACUAAACGACUUGAUAAAACGCGCAAGAUUAGCCAAAGUUCACGCUUAUAUAAUCAGCGCGUUACAUAAAGAAAUGCCAGCUCUUUUCAGAAAAGACGGCAAGAAAAAAGAAUUGAUCAAAAACCUUGGCACUAUUUACCAAAAUAUCCAGAAAGAACAACAGAUUUCGCCCGGAGAUUUUCCUGAUCUAAAAAAAAUGCAGGAUGUGCUGGUGAAUUUAGAUUUUAGUAAAUUCCAAAGUCUUAAACCACAUUUGUUAGAAGAAGUUGAUAAAAUGCUUGCCAACGAUAUCGCCAAGUUGAUGGCCAUGAUUCCUUUGCAGGACAUGCAAAAUCGUAAAAUGGACAAUGGAGUCGCUGAACAGCAGCAGCAGCAAGCGGUAGUCAAAGGAGGCGCGUUCGUGAGCGUUCAAGACACAGCAAGCCCGUUUGGGUACAAAAGAGGAGAAGGUAUCGACGCUGGCAAAGGUGAAACAGGUUGGGUGGUGGCCAAGGAACGGCAGAAAUACGACGCAGUGUUCAACACACUGGAAAAAUCCGACGGAAAAUUGUCGGGAGCAGUGGCCAAAGCCGAAAUGGUCAAAUCGAAACUGCCUAACUCUGUUCUGGGCAAAAUAUGGAAGUUGUCGGACAUCGACCGUGAUGGUUUCUUGGACAUGGACGAAUUUGCGUUGGCAAUGCAUCUGAUACAAGUGAAGCUGAGCGGGCAUGAUUUGCCCGUCGAAAUACCCGAUCAUUUAGUUCCUCCCUCAAAACGGGACAUUUAGCGAUGGACGAAAAAACAGGAAUCCUAUAUGUAUAUUACAUAGAUACAACACCAACACGCGAAAAAAAUCAUUCUCGACUGUAUCAUUAAUAUUAUAUGU